AUUGGAGAUGCUCAUUUAUUAAAGUAGUUUAAUUUUUUUCUAAGCUGCUAUUAUUUUUAUCAUUUCUCAUUUGUUUGUGUAUGGUUCAAGUAUUUUAUACAUAGUUUCAUUUGUUUCUUCUAUUCCAUACGGUUAGUUAGCUAAAUUUUAAUUUUUUAAAAUUUUUGAUAAUGAUAUAAUAAAUCUGGCAAUCUUAAACAUUAUUUGAAUUUCAUACAUGCGUCCACAUAAUUUAAUAAAAUGAAACCGUCAAGACUUGAUUUUAAAGAACUAGGAUUUUGAACGAAACUACAAAAAAAAAAUGUUAUUUUUUGAGAAAAGGGAAACAGAUUUUAUUUAUAAAUUUGAAAGAGUAUAAACUAGUUGCAGUUACAUAUUUUAAAAAGAAAGAAAAAAGUUAAUGGAAUAAUAAUAGUAAAUAAAGUUUUGCAGCUUCGUUAAUGAAUCCUUUUCCAUAGUGCACAAUGGGAGAUUGCAUUGGACACAAUGAAGCGGAAAAAAAAGAAAAUAUGGACAAUCCAGUAGUCAUUUAUGUUUGUAAAAAUCAUGAUUAUGUAGUGGUUGACGUGCAGUUCCAAGGACAUGAAACGGAAUACGAAAUCAUCCAGGAACAGUUUGAAUUCGAACUAGUUGGGAGUCGUAUUCACGUAAGGCCUUGUGCUCCAGACCACCCUCAGGGUGCUGGGUAUUCAGAUCACCCUAGGAAAAGACCGGCCUCUCCCCCUAAUGAUGACCCUUGUGAAGUUUUCAGAGCAGUCAAGCCAAAAAUAAAACAGGAGAGGCAAACGAGAUCUGCAAAAGCACGUUCUCCAUCACCAUCGAGGCGCAGUUUGGUAGAAAAACAAAUUAUAAGGUUUCCUCUGACCAGGCGGCGGCCACAGCGAGUCAAUAUGAAGAGUGAAGAUUCAAACACAAGGUGCAAUUCCGCUUUGAAUGAUAGAGAACCGAGAUCGAAUAUGAAGCAAUAUCGACCGUCCAAAGAAAAAAGGUGCUCCUUCAGUGAUACUCAUAUAUACGAUGAGGAGGACGAGGAAGAAGAUAAAAGAAAAAAUGAUGAGAAUAAAAAAUCGAAGGGAACAGGGAAAAAUGUCAAAAAGGAACCUUCGAAAGAACCUGAGGAAGUUAAAGGAUCCAAAAACAAAGUGCAAAACUCAAAGAAAAAAGAUAAGAACAAACAAGUGGAGAAGCAGAAAUCGAAAACUGGCAGAACAUCCAAGUCUCCUACUAUAAAAGUAGAAAAGAGUGAAGAUGAAACUGAGGACGACACAAAAGAAGAAGCACUGUUAAAAGAUGUGUAA